AUGUCAGAUUCAAAUAGUACACCAGUUCCUUUAACUGAUAUGACAAAAUUAUCAAUUCCAACCUUACCAAAUGCUGUAAGUGAACCACCAAAAUCUAACCCAUUUUUCCAAUAUUUAAAUGAUGUUUAUACUACCAUUAGUGAACAUAGAAGUAAUUUAAAUUUAGAAAAUCCUGGUACUAUUGAAAAUUUAAACAAAGAAGUUUCAAGAGAUGUUUUCUUGAAUCAAUAUUUCUUCACUGGUUUAAAAGCUGAUUUAUCUAAAGUAUUCUCCAUGUCUCCAGCUUUCCAAACUUCUCAUUCCUUAUCAAUGGGUUCUCAAGUUUUACCACCAUAUGCUUUUGGAGCUGUUUAUUUUGGUGAUAAAAUCUUCAUGCAAGGUAACAUUGAUAACGAUUUAAGUUUCAGUGGUAGAGCUAACUAUGGUUGGGAUAAAAAUAACGUUUCUAAAUUAACUUUACAAUUAGUUAAUAAUCAACCAGCUAUGGUUCAAUUAGAACAAGAUUACCAAUCAUCAGAUUUUUCAGUUAAUUUCAAAACUUUAAAUCCUUCCAUCUUAAACAAUGAAUUCACUGGGGUUGCUGUUGCUUCUUUAUUACAAUCAUUAACUAGAAAAUUAUCUGUUGGUAUUGAAACUACUUAUUCUAAACAACCAAAUUCUCCAGUUCCUGAAUCUGCUAUUAGUUAUUAUACUAGAUAUAAUAAUGGUAAUUGGAUCUUCUCAUCUCAAUUAUUAGCUCAAGGUGCUUUAGUUGCUAGUUUCUGGAGAAAAGUUAGUGAAAGAGUUGAAGCCGGUAUUGAAACUCAAAUUACUGCUUCAGUUAAACCAAUCACUGAUAAUUUAAUGGGUACUCCAAUUGGUUUCGAACCAGUUAUUGAAGGUGAAACUACUUUGGGUGCAAAAUACGAAUAUAGACAAUCUGUUUUUAGAGGUCAAAUAGAUUCAAAAGGUAAAGUUGGUGUAUUUAUGGAAAAAAGAGUUUUACCAACCGUUUCAAUCUUAUUCUCCGGUGAAAUUGAUCAUUUCAAACAAAAUUCAAGAUUAGGUGUUGGUUUACAAUUUGAAUCUGCUGGGGAUGAAAAAAUAAUGAUGAUGCAACAAGGUUUGGUUGACGCUAACGGGAACCCAGUCCCAGGUGCUCCACAAGUUAAUUAA